CCGAGGGGGAAAGCAAUGCAACUGCAAGGCGAGGUAAGAGAAAGCUUUCGCUCGUCCGCCAUUGUCGGUUCUGGACCUGCUGCACUCCAUCCAGUUAGGCGGCUCACUCCUACUGGUUCUGUGUCUUCAAUUCUCCUACCAUCGCAGAUGAUCGACUGUCAUCGGUCGAUCUGGUUUGUUGAAGUGGGAUUGUGUGGAAUGAGAUGAGAAAGCGAUAGAGUGUGGAACCGUGACGCGAGUAACUUGUUCUUUCGUCUCAUUUCCGCCUUUACUAGUCUGCAUUCAAAUCCCUGCCCUUGUCAUCUCGAAUUUUGUCGGUCAAGGUCAUGGCUUGAAAGGGAGGGUGGAAACAGGAGGGAAGAUCCAGCAUGGAAGAUUUGGAGAUUGCCAUCAAGUCUUCUUUUGCAAAGGUGGUCAUCGUGGGCAACGGAGCUGUGGGUAAAAGCAGUAUGAUUCAGCGAUAUUGCAAAGGAAUUUUUACCAAGGACUACAAGAAGACCAUCGGAGUGGACUUCAUGGAACGUCAAAUUGAGUUGGAAGGGGAGGAAGUGAGACUGAUGCUUUGGGACACAGCUGGCCAGGAGGAAUUCGACGCCAUAACAAAGGCUUAUUAUCGUGGGGCCCAAGCUUGCGUCGUUGCAUUUUCUACGACUGACAGAGCUUCCUUCCUCGCCGUGAAACGGUGGAAGAAAAAAGUGGAAGACGAAUGUGGCGAUAUCCCCAUGGUUCUCGUCCAGAACAAAAUCGACCUCAUCGAUGAAGCCGCCAUCCUCAAUGAGGAAGCAGAAGCCCUAGCUCGUGAGUUGGGCCUCCGACUAUACAGGACGUCGGUGAAAGAAGACUUGAAUGUAGAGCAAGUCUUCUCCUAUUUGGCAGCUUUGUAUAUAGCAGAGCUGCAGAGUCUAGACGACGAAGAGGAAGAAGCUCGUUUACCUGGUCCUCUGCCACCCUCCAUCCCAACAUCUAAUGGAUCAGAGAUGUACUCAGCAUCACACGUGGGUCUGUCAGGUGUGAAGGGGCAACAGAGACUGCAGAAUGGGCGUCUGGAGGCCAUCAUCAAAUUGCGUCCUCACAAGAUGAAGAGUUCAUUUCUUCAGAGAAACCUAUCGAAAUCGAGUUGCUCUUUAGUAUGAGAUAUGCCCUCCUGUGCCAUAUUGCCCUCAGCAUUAAGAGGAGUGGUUGUUACGAGAGAUUGACAGAAUUGAAGAAUUGUGAUUUUUCACUUGCGAAUGUUUUAUAAAUGGUUUAGUUGAGAAAUCUUGACUGUA